CGCUCAUUUGCCGUUUGUCGUUUGGCGUUCUCUGCGCAGGUCCUGCUUACUUUGAUUACACUUUAAAACUCAGGUAAAUCGCGGCAUUCCAUGACUCAGUCUCGCGUUUGGCAUUUGUUCAGUUCUUUUUCGAAAAGUUCAAACUUUCACUGAAAAACGUUAUCGUGUUGUUAGUCAACUACAGACAAAUUUUAUUUGUUGCUUUAAAUAUUAUUCGCAUUUUUCUAAAAUGGAAAUUGCGGCCGUUAUAGAAGAACCCAAAGACUUUCAAAAUGUGAAAGAAAAUAUUGUGCAAAAUAUGUUAAAUAAUAUUCAAGAGGAAGAAAAUAUACAAAGAUCAGAAUCCCCGGACCUUAUGACAAGAUUAGCCCCAUGUCAGUAUAAUAAUCUUUCAGAAGUAACAGAUAGUCUAAUUUUAACAUCAGCAAGUUCCUUAAAUUCACAAAUUUUGGAAAUGUUUAAUGUAUCCUGUAUAAUAUCCUGCGCUCCAGAGCUACCAGAUCCACCUCAUCGAGAGGACGCCAUUUACCAUAAAAUCGAUAUUAUGGAUUCCGGGUAUUCAAGAAUAUUACCCUAUUUUGACAAGUCUGCAGAUCUUAUUCAACAGGUAUCAAAUUUGGGAGGCAAGACGAUGGUUUACUGCGUAGCAGGAGUCAGUCGUUCAGCCAGUAUCUGCAUAGCAUACCUUAUGAAAUACCACAAACUGUCUUUACUAGAAUCCUACAAUUACGUAAAACUUCGAAGGCCCAGAAUCAAACCCAACUGCGGUUUCUUCAAGCAGCUCAUAGAGUACGAGAAGCAACUGUUCGGUUGUAAUACUGUCCAGAUGGUGUUCAAUGAGUUUGUUCAAAUGGAGAUACCUGAUGUGUAUGAUGCUGAUUAUAGGCCCAUUACUAGUUAUUCUAAAAAGAUAAAAAAUGGAAGGUACUGAGGUAUAUCGUAUUGACUAUGAGGAAUUCGACUGAAAAAUAUGUAUAUAUAGGUACAGAAUAUAAAAAUAACAGACCAGUAUAAUAGGUUUUAUGUUGUAAUUGAAGAAAAAACAUAUUUCAUAGAUAUAUUCGUUUUUGUUUAAAUUGUAGUCAGUAUAAUCGUAAUAGCCCAUAUAAUUAUAUCGGAAUUAUAUAAAUUUUUCAAUUAUGCAAUUUCAUCAAGAUGUAGUUAAUUUCGUAUUCUUUAUUAAUACGAGCAACAAAGUGCAUAUUAAAGAGGGUGUACCAAAAAUACAGGUCAUAAAUUUAAUCACAUAUUCUGGGACCAAAAAUAGUUCGAUUGAACCUAACUUACCUUAGUACAAAUAUGCACAUAAAAAAAGUUACAGCCCUUUGAAGUUACAAAAUAAAAAUUGAUUUUUUCCAAUAUAUCGAAAACUCUUUAAGAUAUUUUACUGAAAAUGGACAUGUGGCAUUUUUAUGGCAGUAGUAUUUAAAAAAAAUUAUAGUGAAUUUUAGACACCCCAUAAAAGUUUUAUGGGGGUUUUGUUCCUUUAAACCCCCCCAAACUUUUGUGUACGUUCCAAUUUAAUUAUUAUUGUAGUACCAUUAGUUAAACACAAUGUUUUAAAAACACUUUUUUGCCUCUUAGUACUUUUUCGAAAAGUCGAGUUUUUAUCGAGAUAUUUUGAAUAUUUGUCAAAUCCACCACAUAUUUGUAUAUGGUUAAGUACGAUUAUGGUAUUAGUAAUAAUAUGAAAAUUUAUUUAUGAUUUACAUUUUUAGGUAUAUUUUGAACCAUAUUAAAAAAGAAGCCACAUCUCGAUAAACGUGCCUUAUCGUAAAAAUACAAAGAGGCAAAAAAGUGUUAAAAACACUGUGUUUAGCUAAUGGUAUCGCAAUAAUAGUUUAAUUGGAACGUACACAAACAUUUGGGGGGUUUAAAGGAACAAAACCCCCAAAAAUUUUUAUGUAAACAUAUUAAAAAAGAAGCCGCAACUCGAUAAAAACUGCCUGAUCGAAAAAAUAUUAAGAGCCAAAAAAGUUUUAAAAAUAUUGAAUUUAACUAAUGGUACCACAAUAAUAAUUUAAUUGGAACGUACACAAAAGUUUGGGGGGUUUAAGGGAACAAAACCCCCAUAAAAUUUUUAUGGGGUGCACAAAUUUCACUAUAAUUUUUUUUAAGAUGUUCCUGCCAUAAGAUUGCCCCAUGCCCAUUUUCGUUAAAAAAUCUCUAAUAGUUUUCGAUAUAUUUGAAAAAAUCCAUUUUUAUUUUGUAACUUCAAAGGGCUGUAACUUUUUUAAUGUGCAUAUUAGUACUAAGGUAAGUUAGGUUUAUUCGAACUAUUUUUGUUCCCAGAAUAUGUGAUUUAAUUUAUGACCUGUAUUUUUGUUACACCCUGUAUAUUAAGUGCGUUCGCAGAGUGGUCAGGGAUUAGUGCCUGACAAUUCCUAACUUGACCUAAUAUAAAUAAUACCGUUUAUUUACUAUUAAUUUAUAUUAAUAAUUAAUUAUAAUAUAUUAUAAUAUAAUAAUAAUAGUCUCCCGUUUUAUACCGCUCACGUGACUUUGGGAGUAUAGCAGGGAAGUCUGCUAUAUCUAGGGCCUACGGUAUACAAAGAAGGUAACAGGGCCAGUGCUAAGCUUCAACCGCCUAUUAUUACCCCUGGUUUUACCCAAGGUACUCAUUUUUUAUUUAGGCCUGAGUCGACCUGGGAUCCUAUAAACAUUUUAAAAAUGUCUAGUUGUUCUUGCCGGCGCGCGGUCGGAUUUGAACUCCAUACCACCGGCACGCGAGCCAAGCACACUACCGCUUAGCUACGCCGGCCCUACAUAAUAUAAUAAUUAUUAGUAAAUAUACCUUGUAUAUUUAUCUAUUAACCGUAUUAUUUAUAUUAGUUCAGGUUAGGAGUUGUCAGGAACUAGUCCCUAACCACUCUGCGAACGCACAUUAUAAAUGGUGUUGUUAAAAGUUUGAUAACCCCUGGUCUUAGCUUUUGUAAUAAUUUUUUAAGAUAUUAUUAGAUGUAACUUAUUAGAUAUAAUAGUUUACUCCUAAAUGUUCUAUUAAUUAUAUAAUUUAAUUAAUCGUAUGAAAAUUAUAAUGUAUUGACUCAUUUUUGUUAUGGAUGCAUUUUCUCGAAAAAUAAUUCGGAAAAUUUUAUCACUAGUUCGAUCUUUUUAUCAUCAGCACUUUCUAGUAAUUUUCAUAUUAUUUUUUUUUUCAGUGACGGAGAAACAUAAUCAUAAUCACAACUAAUGUGAAUAAUGACACAUAGUACGUUCUUUAAUGGUAAAAUAUUGCAAAACCUCUAAAUUUUAAAGAACCGCUUGGAUUGACAUGCAAUUUGGCAUACACAUAGCUAAUAAGUCAAAGAAAAAAGUGAUAUUGUGCUGAUGGGUGCUUUUGCCCUGGGGGUGAUUUUCACCCCUUCUCGGGGGUGAAAAAAUAUGUGUCCAAAAUAUAUUCGGCAUUCGAUAAACUGACUAAUUCUAAGCAACUUUUGUUCUAUAGAGUUUUUUCACCAAGUCAAUACUUUUCGAGUUAUUUGCGAGUGAAUUUGUUAAUUUUUAACCAAAAUAACCACGUUUUUAGACGGUUUUUCGCAAAUAACUCAAAAAGUAAGUAUUUUGUCGAAAAAAAAAAUUCUUAAUAAAAAUAUAGUUUAUAAAAAAAUGAAAAAAAUGGUGCAUAUACUAAGUCUGUAGACCCAGUACAAGCAAAGUUGUAGCUAAUGAAAUUGUAGGUUCUUAUUCGUCAAAUUCCAAAUCGAAUAUUUCAUCGAGAAAUUACCAAAAAACUGAACACUUCUCGGGGAACACUCAUUUCAACUUUUUUAACGUGUUUAAAAAAGGUUUAUAUUUGUUUUUAGAAAAAAACCUCUAACGUUAAAAGUAAGUGAGUCAUGCUCAAAAUAUUGUUUUUGCCUUUUAUUUUUUGGUAAAAAGAAUCCCGAAAAGCACCCCCUAAUUUGCAUAUCAAAUAAAAUUAAUCGUAACCGUUUCACAGGUUACUUUGCUUAUUUAUUCUUUAUACGAUCUGUAAGUCUCAGCGGUUCAAAGUGCUUAUUUUUGAAAAGGCUUAAGUUAAAUGACUUGAACGAGUCACUAAUCCCGAGUGUAUGCAAAUUAUGAACAGCCAUAGCAUAACCGAUUUUUGUCUAACAGGAAAACAAAAAGUCCAAAAUAUUCAGAAAAGCAAAACGUACAUUUUAUUACUUUUUGAGAUUUUUGGUAUUACUAAUAAUUUUUAAGAUUUUAAAAAAGAGCAUUUUUUCAAAAUAAAAAUUUUUAAAAAUUUUAUUUUAAAACCAUUUUUUUUUCAAAAUAAGCACGUUGAAUCGAUGAAACUUGCAGACCAUAUAGACAUAACAUAAAUAAAGCAACAUGUGAAGCGGUAAGGAUUAAUUCUAUUUAAGUUUUUAAUUAGGGGGUGAUUUUCCCGAUUUUUUUAUGCCAAAUCAAAACUGACCAACUGUAUUUUGAGCGUAACUUGCUCACAUUUGAUGCUAGAAUAUUUUUUAUAAAAAUAGACAUAAAGCUUUUUAGACUUUUUGAAAAAGUUGUAAUGAGUUUUUUCCAAAAAGUGCUUAAUUUUUUGGUUAUUUCACGUUGAAAUAUAUUUAUUUGAAGUUUGGCGAAUAUGAACCUAUUUUUUUAGCUAUAACUCUGCUUCUACUAGGUCUGGAGACUUCAUGUAUACACCAUUUUUUUCACUUUUUUACAAGCUAUACUUUUGCUAACAAUAGUUUUUUCGAUAAAAUACUUACUUUUUGAAUUAUUGUGUUUGUUUUGCUGAAAAAUGAACAUAUUCACCCGCAAAUAACUCGAAAAGUAUUGACUUAGUGAAAAAACUUAAUGGAAUAAAAGUUGCUUAGAAUUAGGAAUUUUAUCGAAUUUUGGACUUAUUUUGAACGUAUGUUUUUCACCCCCGAGAAGGGGUGAAACUCACCCCCAGGGCAAAAGCACACAUCUUCACAAUAUCACUUUUUUUCUUUGACAUGUUGGCUAUGCGUAUGCCAAAUUUUAUAUCAAUCCAAACGGUUCUCUAAAAUUUGAAGCAAAAACCGUCAAAUAAUGUACUAAUAAUCCUUGUAAGGCAUUUGCCAAAACAGGAAUCAAACAGGAGAUGAAUCUCAGUAAUGAUCACAUUUUUUAUUUUGAUUUCAUGUACUGAUGCUAAUCUGGGGUUUGUGCUUCUACAUUUUUCAAUAAUUGUAAUUUUGUAUUUAAACUAAAGCCGCGUACACACUUGAGCCUUCGCCUCAAUCAGCAUGUCAUCCCAAAGGAGAGGAAGGCAUUCUCCCGCACGGCCACACCCAGCAGGGUCAUAGCUGGAGGUAGGUGUCCCAAAUCCGAACACGAAAUCCAGUCUGCACUAUUAAGCUAUGGUGAACUGAAACCGAAAACUUCUAGUUGCCAGUUUUUCCAACAUUUAUAUACAGGAAACCACAAAAAAGAAAUAAUAGAAAAGUGAUGGUGAUAGAGGUACAGAGAAAGGAAUAAUCAAAUAUUACCAACUAUUGGGCACGAAAACUUCAGCAACUUUACUCAAAUGUCUCGAGUGACUUUUGGCUUUCUCCUCAUAGUCCAAGUAAUGAAGCUUAAAAAAGGACAAAACCUCGCAAUUUUUACAGAAUGGAUCGAUUUGCUUGAAAAUUUGAGAAUAAGUAGUGGAUAAUCCAAGGAUCAAAAUAUAUUUCAUGCUGAAAGGCGCUUUUACCAUGGGGGUGGUUGUCACCUCAUCUCGGGGGUGAACAUUUUUUAUUAUAAUUUAAUCACAAAAGUUGGUAAAAACGUUUAUUCUAAGCAAAAAACGUUCUAUACAUUUUUUUUUGAUAAAAUUGAUAGUUUUCAAUUUAUUCGCUAUCAAAAGUGUUAGUUUUGUAUCGAAAAAAUCAAUGUUUUUAUUAAGUUUUCUGCUAAUAACUCCAAAAGUUUUCGUUUUAUCAAAACAACUUUACUUAACAAAAAUGUACCUUUUGAAAAAGUAAAUAAAACCGUUUUUGUAAAUUUUCUUUAAGACCAAUAGUAAUCGAGCUAUACUUUAUUAUAUGUUGGCUCUUCUUCGUCAAAUGCUAAAUAUUGUAGUUUCGAAGUCAAAAGACGGGAAAACUAUGCAUUUUUCGAGGACAACUUGUUCUAACUAAUUUAAAGUAUUUAAAAAUAUCUAUCUACAAAAAUAAAAAAAAAUCUCUAGCUCAAAAAUUAAGUGACUUAUAAUGAAAAGAAUAUCUUCAUUAUCUUCUAUUUUUCAGCGAAAAAGAGUUCGGAUGCAACCCCUAAUAACCACCCUAAUUAAAAUUAGUCAUUGACCUUAUUUGGUCUUUUUUAUUUAUGUAUUAUUAAUAGGUUCUAGAAGUUUGACAGGCUUAGAAUGAUUAGUUUAAAAAAAUGGAGUUAAAAGCGAAUAAUGAAUUUUUGUAGUUUGGAAAAAAUGGCGUUUUCUUUAGAAUAGCGAGAUUAGCAUCAGAGAUACGAAAAAAUUAUUAAAUAUGAAAUUGUAGCUCAUUUAGUUCACAAGAACCUGGUUUGCAAAAAUAUUUUCUACGGCAAAAAUUUAGUGAGUGAGCUAUUGAUAAUUAAAACUUGUAAUAACAUGCAAAAGCCACCUUUACCAACCCUUUCAAAGUCACCUCUUUUUGCGACUGAGAAUUUUAAAAAGAUUUAUUAUUAACAGGCUUAUAGAUCUUGUAAAAACCUACAAAAUUAUUUUUUACUAAACUUUCUAAAGUAAAAAAUAAAAAAGUUACGGUUGAAAAAUAAAUAUAUUUUUUUGAAAAACAUAAAGGGGGAAUCCAAUUGGAAGCAUAAUAAUGUACGUUAGUGGCGGUUUUAGUCAUUGGAAUUAUUCAUUCUUAUUAAUUUAUAUAUUAUUAAUAGGUUCUAGAAGUUUGACUCUGGCUUAGAAAGAUUAGUUUUUAAGAAACUGGAGUUAAAAGCGAAUAAAUAAUUUUUGUGGUUUAGUAAAAAUGCCAUUUCCUUCAGAAUAGAAGGAUUAGCAUCAGAGAUACGAAAAAAUGUUUCGAAAUAAAAUUGUAGGUUAUUUAAUUCCCAAGAACUUGAUUUGAAAAAAUUUUUUCUACGGCAAAAAUUGAGUGAAUCGUAAAUGAGUAUAUCGAAAAACAUUGAUUUUGUCGAUAUAAAACUAACACUUUCGAUAGUGAAUAAAUCGAAAACAAUUAAUUAAAAAAAAUGUAUAGAACAUUAUUUGCUUAUAAUGAAUGUUUUUAUCAACUUUUGCUGUCAAAAUAUAAUAUGAAAUUUCCACCCCCGAGAUGGGGUGGCAACCACCCCCAUGGUAAAAGCGCCUUUCGGCAUCAUAUAGAUUUUGAUCCUUGGACUAUCCACUACUUAUUCUCAAAUUUUCAAGCAAAUCGAUCUAUUCUGUAAAAAUUCCGAGGUGGAAAGCUUCGGUUCCUGGCCUAUCAAUCAUAUUGAAGCUAAAAUAUAGAAAGAACACUGUAAAAAUAAAGUGUUCGCGAAGUUUGCUGGUUCGAUGGAAGUUUUCUUUUCUUUUACACAACCGUACACAGCUUUUGACGUACUCCUUGCUUCCGAAGGACCAGCUGGGGAAUCCAGCACCUGAAAGGGUUUGCUUUUGACAAGGUGAAAAUUAAAUUGGUAAAUCAAUCUUGGUGGAGGAAUAGCUUCCCCUCUUCUAUGGAUCCGCCCUUGCUUUAUUUACUGUUUCAGGGAUAAAUGUAUUCAAAAUAUUAUACUGUUAAAUUAGACAUAUAUCUUGAGGAAUUUUAUUAUAAGUAUAAAAUGUAAUUAAAAAUAAAACUAAUAGAACAUUUAGUUUACAUGCUGUUUUUUAUACAUAUAAUAAUACGUAUAAUAAAUUUUGUACCUGAUUAGAUAGUAUAGUUUUAGACAUAUUGUAAUCUGUGUUAAUUUAUAAAAAUAUUUAAAUAUCCUAUUCUUUAUAUUAUAGAAUUUUAUUCUAUAUAUCAUAAAAACCAAUGAAUAUGAAUGAAGAUAGUUUUUUAAACCGUCUAAAGAAAAAAUUAGAGAACUAAUAUUCAUAGAUUGUUAUGCUAAUUAUACCAAUAAGUAUUUCUAAAAAUAAUUAUGGACGAUUUUACAGACAGUUAGGUAUAUCAAUCAUAUUUUAAAAAGUUCACUUCUCAAAAUAUUGUACAAAAAUACUUAAUUAUUGAAAAGUACACAAAUAGGCAAAUUAAAAAAAUAUAUAGUUUCCGCAUUUCGCAAUACUUAGAAUUAGUGAAAAAUACACAAAUAGGAAAAUUAAGCAAAAAUAUAGUUUCCGCAUUAUUCUCAUUAUGAAUUUAUUUUAAAUUUCUUUUCUUGAAAAUCACUUAAAUACUUCUUAGAAAGAGCGUUAAAUCUAGCUUUCCCAGGCACCAUUAAUCAGUCUUCUUCUACGUCUAGGAAUACAUUUAGUGUAGGGUUGGUACACUUUUUAUUGAGAGUUUAAAUUUUGGUACUGUUUGCUAUAGCAAGUCCAGGUAAUAUGGGAAUAUUGUAUGUUUAACGAUAUUAUUUUUUGUGAAAUAGUUAUAAAUGUUUAAAUAGUUUGAAAAACAAAUUGAAAUAAAAUUACAUACAUCAUUUUCCCAAUGUGUUUCCAUGGUGGAGAAGUUUGGAACAAAUAGUCUCCAGCUGCCCCAAUGGGGAGAAACAUGGAACUAAUAAUAAAAUUAAUCUUUUUGAUAAAGUUACUUGUGAUAUUCACAAAACAACAUAAAGCAAUUCAUAAACGAAAGAGAAAAGUUUAAUAUAAGAUGCCAGCCUUCUGGUACUCCCUGGCACUUCAUUAGGAUAUGGAGGUUUUGCUACAAUGUAGCAUAUAAGUAUACCUAGAGCUAAUAUCAUCCUGUAUCGUGUAGAAAAAUCCACAAUUUUGCUUGAGGGGCAGUUUGAUACACUGUACCAAUCUGCCCCCGUCUAUUUAAUCUUAUUUGCCGCAAACCAACCCUGGCGUCUAAAAAAUUAAGUCGUCAGUUUACAAUGCAUUCUAUAGUUGUACUUAAAUAAGGCAUUUAAUCUAUAACCGUCUUAGAUUAUUACAUUAAAUCACAAAUAGCAGCAAUUGCUUUCGUGGACGAUAUUACCAUAUGAUGAAAUGUUAAAAAAAUUACUUUUGAAGCCUAAAAUUCUCAAUUGACCAUAAAAUUUUUAAAUGCACUCCUACACAUACAAGAGUUGUGAUGGCUUCAUGUCGACUGACAUAUAUGUGAAAUACCGGAAAUAUUGGAUGGCAUUAAGAAUGUAAAUUCUCACCCUACCCUAUUCUACUCACAUCUCCUAAAUAUAUAAAUAUGGCAUAUUUAGAGUCCAUGCUGCUACUCCAUAUAGUAGUAGGUACUGGAAACAAACAACCAUGUAUCAUUCUAACUCGAAGGUCACUAUUAAUAUCGUGGCUUCAAAUAACUUUUAUAUUUUUACAAGAGUUCCUCGGGUUAGUUUUCUUAACAAUAAGUUUUGAUUCAUACUGAUCACAGGUCUGGUUUAAUCUGUUUAUUAGAUUUUGAUGACCCCCUCUGAAGUUAGCCACUACUCAGGUAUUUUCAGCAUCAGCAUAUCUGUACUACGCAAUUCACUACAAUGUUGUCUCCAUUAAGGCUUCCUUAAAUAUUUCAUACAUUGAUGAUAAUUUUUAAGUCAAACAGAAAUUAUAACAAGAAAUUUAUGACUAUUUUAAUAUGUAAGCAAAACAAUCAGAAAAUUAAAGAUAUAGCUGGUUUUAGAAAAUUUAAUAAAUAUUUUAUUUAGAAUGUAUACUCUGUGUAUUUUUUUAUUGUUGUAAUAUUUACAAUCUGUCCUUAAUUAGGAAAAAUAGGUAAAUUCUUUGACAAAAAUUGAAAAUUUGACCUGUAGAGGGAGAUCCAGUGAUCACCCUCUUUACAUAAAUUAAAUUAAAACAAGUUAAAAGUUUAGUUAUCACAGAUUAUUCGAAUCUUCUUGCUAGGUCCACUACUUUGAAUCUCUUCAGGCGUCGUACAUCAUUGUGGCCAUCAGAGAGGUUGCUGGCUAACUCGUUUGGAUGAGAUUCUAGUCUCUUGGAAUAUUUUUGCAAUAUUCUGUUAUUACUGUUUUUAUGGAUGGCACAUUGUAUUUUAUUAUCUGUGUAUUUAGUUUGAAUUAUUUUUGUAAACUGCCAAUUAACCAUGUUAUUUUGAUUUAUAACAUGAUUUUAGUUGUAUGUAAUAAAACAUUUUAAUUAUAUAUAUACAAGUUGUCCCAAAAGUAGCGGAACGGUCGAAUAUUUCGCAAACUAAACAUCGGAUCGAAAAACUGAAAAACACGUUUUUAAUCAUUUUUAAAAAUCUAUCCAAUAACAUCAAAUACGAUCCCCACAUACUCCCCUUGGAGGUGGGGUGGGGGGCAACUUUAAAAUCUUAAAUGGAAAGCCCCACUUUUUAUUGCAGAUUUGGAUUUCUUAUGUAAAAGUGAGUAACUUUUAUUCAAGACAUUUCUUCGAAUUAUGGAUAGAUGGCGCUAUAAUCGGAAAAAACCAUUUAUCGUGACACCAUAGGUAAAUUAUAGAAACGGUCUAACAUCUCGAAAAAUACACUUCCAAAUGAAAUGCCAAAAAAUAUGUAUUUAAUAUUUUUCAAAAUCCUAUCGAAUACCAUUAAACAUGAUCCUCCACCCAACCCCCUAGAGGUGGGGUGGGGGGUAAGUUUAAAAUCUUAAAUAGGAACCCCCAUUUUUAUUACAGAUUUGGAUUUCUCAUAAAAAAAUAAGUAACAUUUAGUCGAAACAUUUUUUAGAGUUGUUGAUAGAUGGCGCCCUAAUCGGAAGAAUGCGAUUUAUUAGCGCCAUCUAUCAACAAUUCUAAAGAAUGUUUCGAAUAAAUGUUGCUUAGUUUUCCAUGACGAAUUCAAAUCUGCAAUAAAACAUGGAGGUUGCUAUUUAAGAUUUUAAAGUUACCCCCCACCUCAAGUCGUGAGGGUGAGGUGGAAGGUCAUGUUAGCGUUAUUCGAUAGGUUUUUGAAAAAUAUGAAAUACAUAAUUUUUAAUUUUUCAUUUGGAAGUGUAUUUCUUGAGAUAUUAGACCGUUUCUAUAAUUUACCUAUGGUAUCACGAUAAAUGGUUUUUUCCGAUUACAGCGCCAUCUAUCCUUAAUUCGAAAAAAUGUCUCAAAUAACAGUUGCUUACUUUUACAUAAGGAAUCCAAAUCUGAAAUAAAAACUUAAGUUUCCAUUUAAGAUUUCAAAGUUACCCCCCACCCCACCUCUAGUGAAUGGAGUGGGGGAUCGUAUUUGAUGUCAUUGGAUAGAUUUUUAAAAAUUGCUAAAAACGUAUUUUUCAGUUUUUCGAUCCGAUGUUAUUUCGCGAAAUAUUCGACCGUUCCGCUACUUUUGAGACACCCUAUAUAUACUGUAAGUCUAGGGACCAAAUAUAUUACGUACUUCGAUAAUUUGUAAUGCAUAAAAAUAAAAAUUAAAUAAUA